GUCUGAUGUCAGCCCCUCCUUGCGUCGACCCUCCCAUCAUGCCCACCAUGGUUUCUAGGCUGCCCAAGUUCGGCUCGCGUCCCCGGUCUCAGACGGUCCCGGCUGCGUCCUCCAACACCAGCCCUGCCAUCGCCGCCGCCGGCAGCACCCGCCUCACAAACGGCUUCUACCACCACCCCGGCCCUGCGGGGGGCGCCGCGCCCCCCUCCUCCGCCAAGCAGAAUGGAUUUAUCAGAGUGCCAAGUUCGUAUUCCACGACGUGGAGGAAAGAAAACGGGACAGUGGAGGAUGGAAGGGCAGAUGGAGGCAUGGAAUGGAGGGGAGGAAAAGGCGGGAAUGCUGUGCAGUAUUCCCAGCAGCAGCAUAAUGCCAAAAAAUCUAUGACAUCAGCAAAGGGGCGCGGCCUGGCUGCAGCAUCAACAUCCCCACAAUCCAGCCCCAGAUCUAUUCCCGUCUCUAAAAAUGGAUCUCAGAGCUCCAAACAGAGUCAGGCCACGUCCGGACUUACCAACGGCAGCCAGAAGACCCUAAACGGGAGUUCAGGACCCAAACCUCGGGCCGCAGCCAGCAGCUUCCUCAGACAGCCGCAGGGUUUGGUUCGUCUGUCCAGCUCAAAGCCGGGUUCUGGUCCGGGGUCCCGCUGCAGCCCCCCCCCUCUGAAGAAGCCGCCAGCCAGCCGCUCCCAGUCCAGCGACAGUCUGGGGUGCGUCUCCUCCGACCAGCUGACGGAGAACGAUCGCUUUCGGUCGCGCAGCCUCACCCAGGUCCGACAGCUGCCUUCCCCCAGUCUCACUCUGUCCUCCGCCUCCUCCGCGUCCCUCCCUCGCUCCCCCAGCGCCAGCCGGCACCCCAUAAAUAGUGCAGCUCGACACGGACCUCCGUCUUCCUCGAUCCAGGCUCCGUCCAGAGCCGGCCUGAUGAAAUCACCCGUGAGCAAUCAGAAAGGUAAAGCUCAGAGUUCUGCUUCUUCGGGGACGGGGCUCAGCAUCCCCUCGGCCUUGAAGAAGCCCCUGCUGCCCGGCUUCGGCCUCGGCCCUUCCUCCAGGCCCAGCGGUAUCAGUUAUAAACUGUCCCGCCCGUCACUCAUGAAGCAGUCCCGCCCCCUCCGCGUGACCCCGGCCGAUGGAUGUGACGGCGACCAGAGACGGAACCAAGGACAGGACGGAUGGAGAAGCUCUUUGGAGACGCCUUCCACCACAGAAAACAGUCCAGAAAACAGUCCAGAUGUUCCAGACGCAGCGGGGCUGUCGGUGGAGCCGAUGUUCCAGCGAGAGCCGUCGAUGGUCGGCGAGACGCUGGAGAACAUGUCCCUGUCCUCCACCUCCUCUCUGGAUAGAAACGACAUCAGCCAGGAAUAUAUGGACGACUUCGACAACCUCGGGAAUGGUGGAGUGGGUAUUCUGCUGCUCACAUCCAAAAACGAUGAAGAGGACUCAGGACUGGACCAGUCGUGCACCAGGUUUGAUGAUGACAAAGUGGCAGAGAACGGCGUCGGCACGGUGAUGGGGCUGAGUUUUCUGGACGAUGGUAUGGACUGGUCCAGCAUCACUGGUGAGCGAAGGGAACCUCGACUGAAUCGGCUCUCCCGCCAGAGAGGCUCCAGCCAGGUGGACUACCAUGACCAGGGGGGUUCGUCCCUGGACCUCUCCCCGUCCGACAGCUGUGGAUCCGGGGGCACCUACAUGUGGGACGAGGAGGGUCUGGAGCCACUGGGAGACGCUGCCACCAACGGAUCCAUCCACACCAGCAGCAACAGCACCCACCCCAUCGGGAGCUUCGACUCGGACAUCAACAGCAUCAUCUGA